CUGGCGUGGAGCAGCCGUCCCUCCGCGCCCGUGGGGAGCUGGCGGUGAGGCUGGGGGCUCCCCUUGCUGUCCUCGCCCCCCUGUCCCGGCCACCAUGGCGCAGCCCGGGGACUGAGCCAGACAGAAAAAGGAGCCACGGGAAACUCGCUCCCGCGUGGGUCCCCCCCAGCAGCAGCGGGAGGAUGGAGAACAAAGCCAUGUACCUUCACACCUUCAACGAGAGGGAGAGCGGCUCCGUCUUCGAGGAGCCCUUCGAGGGAAGGAACCUCUCCAAGCUGAACCUCUGCGAGGACGGUUCCGGGCAGAGGAUGAAGGCAGCCGGGUGCUGCAGCCGGCUGGGCUCCUUGGCAGCACUGAAGUACGCCGUGGUGGGGCUCUACCUCCUCGUCUUCCUCAUCCUUGUCGGAGUCUUCAUCCUCGCAGUCUCCAGGCCGCAGACAUCCCCUGAAGACCUGAAGGUGCUGAUGGGGAACGUCAACCGCCUCAACGAGAGCUUUCGGGACAUGCAGCUGAAGCUGCUGCACCUACCUCUGAAGGGGGACGUGCUGGAUCACAUCUGGAGGCUCCAGGACCUCCUGCAGAACCACUCGGACUCCUUGUUCCUCAUGACGGGGUCGCUGCAGAAGCUGGAAGGGCUUCUCUGGAGCCUGCAGACCCAGGCCAGCCAAACCGACAAGGCAGUGGCCAACCUCUGGGACAGCUUGACCCAGCAGAGCGACUCGGCUCAGCAGGAGAUGUACAAGCUCUCGGUGGAAGGCAACAGCAGCCGGCUACUGCUGCAGCACCACGACCACCUCCUGAGCCACCUGGGCAGUCGGGUGGAGAGCCUGAGCGACCAGGUGACGACCAUGAGUGGGGCUGUGGACACCAUGAACAGGACCUUCUCCUACGACGUGAACAUCCACCAUACCCGCAUCCAGGACCUGCAGGUGUUGAUCAGCAACGCCACCGAAGACGCCCGGCAGAUGCGUCUCAUCCACAUAGCCAUGGAGGAGCAGCUGAAGCACGAGCUGGCCAUCCUCAACAACGUGACAGAGGACCUGCGGCUGAAGGACUGGGAGCACUCCAUCGCGUUGAAGAACAUCUCUGUGAUACGGGGGCCGCCGGGACCCAAAGGAGACCCAGGCAAUGAAGGGAUGGAGGGUGAACCUGGUCUUCCCGGCCUGCCUGGGCUGCGAGGGCUACCUGGGGAGAGAGGACCACCAGGACCACGUGGCUUGAAAGGGGACCAAGGAGACCUUGGCCCUCCAGGUCCAGUGGGGAUGCGAGGAUUCAAAGGUGACCGAGGCCCGAAGGGAGAGAAGGGAGACCGAGGUGGCAGCACAGUCGCUGAGGAGGGGAUGAUUCGGCUGGUGAACGGCUCCGGCUCCCACGAGGGACGGGUGGAGGUCUUCUACGACCGCCGUUGGGGCACAGUGUGUGAUGACGGCUGGGACAAGAAGGACGGAGACGUGGUGUGCCGGAUGCUGGGCUUCCGAGGCGCUGAGGAGGUGUACCGCAUGGCCCGGUUUGGCCAAGGUGAGACCCCUCCACUUCUUCCCCCGCCUCACCUGAUAUAGAUACCUGGGUCCAGCCCAUAAAUAAACCA